AUGCAGGAGCACCUACUAAACGCGCACCUAGCACACGAGUCAGGUCGAGCGUUCGUAUACAACAAUUAUACCUGGAACAAAGAUGGUUCCGAUUAUACCGAAUACAACGGUCACCUCAUCCCCUCCCGGAUACCUAUCACUGCCCUGCUUCGAGGUCCCGCAGCAGGAGAACCGUGGCCUCCGGGCGAUCCCGCUCCUCGCGCCGUUGUCAAGCCGUACUGGGACAAGGUUUGCCUUGAACCGCAUCGCAUGAUGAGCGAGGAGCUCUUCAAAAUCGACGCAGACGCAGACGCGGGUGAGGUUCUGAGGACAUGGGUCGAAAAGCUGAAGACGCUUCCACGCUGCGUCGAGAUCAAGGAGGAUGCCGCACAGAUCUGGAACAUUUGGGUAUUCGGGAGCAAGCGCGUCCUCGGCAUUUGGGAGUCGCUGAAACACUCACCCGUCAUCACCGAGUUCCGGUGGUCGCAGCUCAUUGAGGACGGCUUCACGCGCAACCGACAUCUCUUCAUGCACACGAACUGGCUCCGCGACCUGAUCUCUCCGCCCGCCGCGUACCCAUAUGAUGUCAUCCCCGGACUGCUCGCGCUCCAUAUCCGCAGGGGCGACUUCGAGGGUCACUGCCUACACUUCGCCCGCUGGUCGUCGCAGUGGAACGGCUUCAACCAGUUUCCCGAGCUCCCAGACCACUUCGAGCCGCCCCCUACUGCGGGGUGGGGCGAGUACACGGAGGAGGGUAAGAACAUUUACUUGAAGCACUGCUUCCCGGACAUCGAGCAGAUCGUCGCGCGCGUCGCGGAGAUCCGUGCGACACCGGCGGGCAAGGGCCUGAAGAACGUAUUCAUCAUGACGAACGGGAAGCAGCCGUGGGUGGAGGAGCUCAAGAGGGAGAUCGCGAAGACGGGCGGGUGGGACAGGAUUGCAAGCAGCCGGGACAUGAAGCUGGACUGGGAGCAGCAGUUUGUCGCGCAGUCGGUGGACAUGCUGAUUGGGCAGCGUGCACAGGUUAUCAUUGGGAACGGGUUCUCGAGCUUGACUUCGAAUAUUGUUAUGCUACGCAUGGCGCGGGAUAUCCCUGCAGAUACGAAUCGGUUCUGGUAG